CUCCGAGCCACCCGUGACUACUAGUUCAAACCAUUUCAUCUAAUAGGCUCCAAGUCAUAUGCCGAAUCACCGACCUGGGCAGAUUCCGUAGGUGGGCAGCAAUAACAGUAGAUGCAGGAGGUCGAGUUGGCAUGUGCUUAUAGUACCUUUUGGCCAGGGGGAUAUAAGUCGUAUGCCUCCUCCAAGACUUGCUAAUCUGUAUCAACGCCAUCAGCACACUCCUUUGGUCCUGAACAAAAUCACUACUUUCGUUUUUCCAACUACCCAACGAUCAUUUCUCAAAAUGCGUCUGUCUUCUUUCGUUAUGUGGGCUUUGGCAUCUACUGCUUCUGCCAUCGCCAUCGGAGAGCCUAGCCCAGUCAUCGCGAACCGGGAGGUAUCUUCUCCUGGCGCUUCGGAGUUGUACAACGAGCUCAAGAACUUGGCCGUUCGCGACAUUGAGGAGACAUUCAAACGGGAAGAUUCUACUGAUUUGGCCAUCAUUCCGGACCACCCUUCCGCUUUAGCAGCACGCCAAGGCGGCUGGUUCAACUUUGGCGUCUUCAACUGCAGAAGAGCCAACCCCAUCUCUGUCACAGCAUACGUCGUUGCGGCCAAGGUUGCUUGGGACCAAGCCACAGGCCUGUGCAAGGUAUGGCUCUCGAACAAAGAUUUCAAGUACGACAUCACUGUUCGUCUCUCCAACAACAACGAUCCCAACACCCGCCAAGAGGUCACCGUACGUGCCGCGACUUGCAACUCAGAGUACUCUGUCUCUUUCUUGAGGGAUGGUAGCGGAUUCAAGCUUGAGGUUGGAGGGCAGUCUAAGCCGGCGCCUUCUCCUCCUGGAACCCGUCGCUCCCUUCCUGCGAACACCUCCGAGAAUCCCUUCCACAAGAGGAGACUCAUGAUCGGAGCUUAAGCAUCUGAUGGGACCAGCUAGUUCUAUACAAUUAGACACAUGCAUCGUCAGCAAGCGACGCAAGGUGGUGAAGCAGCUAGUAGAUCGUCACGACUAGACUGCCGCACUCAUGAAUCAUUUGGAAGGCAAGUCAAGCUUGCAGAAUGUUGGCACACUGUCUCGUAACCUUUGCUUGACUUAGCACGAAGUAACGCUCCAAAUGUUGGUUGUGAGAUAGAAAUUUUACACAUGGUUCUCUAUGGGUCGGGUCAGUUCAUGAAGUUAGCGGAAGAAGUAUCAAACGGAGGAAGGUAUGUCCAUGUAUUUGUGGCAAAUCAAAGAUGUCGUAUGCUUUACAAAUGUUCACUA